AUGCAAUCAAUUUAUAGAACAAAUAAUGGAAAUCCUACUGGAACUGUAUUCUCUGAUUUCGUAAGAAAUAUGCCUGGAUAAGGAAAGAGUAGAUAGGGAAAUAGUAAAGGAUUAUCUUAAGCUAAGUCCACUGAGUUUAAGAAGUUGAGAUUCCAAAAAACAGUCAUAACCCCAAAGUACAUUGGAGAUGAGCUGGUUGAGACACCUUUAGAAAGAGUAGUGAAUAAAAAUGAAUAUAAUCAUACUUCUAGAGUAUUAACUAAUCCAGCUAGAGACAUUUUAUUGAGUAAGGGUGAAAGGCUAAAUAGAUCAAUCAGUUAGAUUUUAAGAGUAGAAGAAAUGAAAGAAUCAAAACUUCUCAAAGAAGUAAAAAUAAACAUUGACAAGGGCUUAGAGAAGGCAAUAAUUGAUAAGUAUUCUAGUACUGUUUUAUUGAGAGAAUAUGGACACACCCAUGAAUAUUAAACAAAAAAUUAUGAUGUUAAGGACAUUAUUUAUGGAGUGAUUUAGGAUAUAAAAAGAGGUACUCCUUUUAAUAAACUGAAAGUUGAUUAGUACAUUGACAUUGAAAGGAUUUUAUUGACAUUGCUAAAGAAUGAACAAGAAAUAAGUUAAAAAUUGAUCAAGCAUAGAACCUAUAUUACUCUUUGCUAUGUCAAGCACGAGAACGAUCUGCUUGCUAUUUUGAAAGAAUUGUAUUAAGAGUAGAAAUAAAGAAGUCCAGUUAAUAGAAAGUAUACAAUGCUUCAAUUAUUCACUAGUCAAAGUGUGAACCCUGAAAUGCGAUCAGUAAUGACUGUAUAUACUGGAAGCAUUAUUGAAAAUUCUUCACCAAGAUUAUCAAAUCCACAUCAAAAUCCAAGCAUGCUAGAACAUCCUCAAUAAGUAGAGAUCUAAAAAGAUGAUGAUUCUAAAGAAACCUAUGUUUAGAAAAAGAUUAAGAAGACAUACCAAUAGGUAUAAUACAAAGGCAAUAAGUUAAGUAGUAUGGUGAGUCUCUAUCUUGAAAAACAUAGAGAUUCAACUUAACUGAAAUUUGACACAAAGCUAAAAGAGAUAAUGGCCAAGAUUGAGCGAGAGUUUUAAAAUAGGAAUAGAAAUAAACAUGGUUGGAUAAACAAAAAAGAUAAUUUGCAUGUAACUCUGAAAACUAUUCACCAAGUUGCUGAGCACCUUGAUUAGCAGAAUUUGAGAAAGAUUUAGCAGAACACUGAUAUGCAUCUAGAGACUCAAAUAUUUAACGACGAUAUUGAUAUUAUUUAAAAGGAGCUUAAAUUUCAAAAGAAGCAGACUCAAACUCUUGAGGAAAGAUUAGAAGAACUAAAAGAAAAAUAUCAAAGAAUAAAGGAUAAAGAAUAAACGAGAUAAUAGUCACCAUUAUCAAAUUAGAAACAAAGAAUCCCUCCUCUGGGAAUAAGUCAAUCUGAAAGAAAAAUAAAAAUAAUCAGACCAAUGACAGCUGUAACUACUUACAAUAGUCACCCUGAAAUAUAACAAUUUGAGAAAUAAAUAGUUAAUACCUAGCAUGAGAGAAGAUAGAUAUGGACUUUGAUAAAUACUUAAAGGUAGUUCUAGCCCAUCAAAUUUCUUUAAUAAUGCUUCGAAGAUUAUGAGUAGAAGCUUUCUUACCCAGGAGAUGAAUCUGAAGGUGAUAAACAAAUCCUUAAAACUCUUUGUUCGAUAAAGUUAUAUAAACAUAAUCUGAUAACCCCAAAAUUAGAUAAUUUAUAUGAAAUUAGAUAGUUGAAUGCUUUUGAAAAAUAAAGACCUUUGACUUCCAGAGCGGGUGGGAGUAGUAUGAGAAAUUUAUUUACUAGCAGGUGA